AUGUGGGCGGUGUUGGUUUUGUUGUGGACCUAUCCGUCAUCCAUCUUGUCGAUUCUCACGAGAUACUGUCACCUUGUCUGGCCUCUUCUUCGUCUCCGCCCUCUGGGCCAAAGACCUAUCAACAUCAUCAACUGCUACUCACCAACAUCAGCAGCUGACGAAUCCGAAUUGGACGCAUUUUACGAGGUGCUGGAGGAAGUAGUCUGCAACGAGGAGUCCUUCUACAAAGAAGACUUGAACGCAAAACUAGGAAGGGCUACAGAAGAGGAAUACAAGAUUAGAAGAUCUGGACUAAGAGACCGGAAUGAAAACGUCAAUCGCCUCGCCGCGCUGUUGUCCGCCGCUCCCCUCUUUCAUGGGAAUUUUCUUUUCGUGAAAAAAAAUCAUCGUCGGUAG